AUCAGCAGUAAAUGGUUUUGGACUCGCAAUUGUGAUACCAGUUCUGUAGUCUUUCAUCAUUGAUAGCUAUAUGGAUGGUGUGAGGGGCACCGGAUUUGGACUGCUAAGCCUGAUUGGUACCUUGGGUGGCAUAGGAGGUGGUGUUCUGGCAACAUUAAUGGCGGGCCAGCAUUGUUGGGGCAUACCAGGAUGGCGUUGUGCCUUCAUCUUGAUGGCAGCAUUGAGUGCACUAAUUGGGUUUCUUGUUCUGAUAUUCGUCACAGACCCAAAGAAAGCAAUCAGUGUCAGCCAUGCUUCUGGUGAGGACUCUGAUAGUUAUUUUAUCUUGUUGCUUUCUUCCAAAUACGCGUUCUUCCCACCACGCCACGCUGCAUCACUGGAUGUUUGUGGCUUCAGGGAUUUGUUGAUUGAGAAAAGCAAAGCUAGUGCAUCAUCCAUCUGGUUGGAGUCCUGGACGACUACAAAGGCUGUUAUAAAAGUGAAAACAUACAAAGGCCGGAUCAUGUGUGCGCAGUUCAGUGCUUUCAUGGGCAUCCCAUUCUCAUGGUUUCUUCUAAGAGUGAUCCCGCAGUCAGUAAGCAGCUACUAUACAUUUGCCACAACUGUAUUUUUAUGGGCCUGA